AUGUCCAAGCCAAGGAAAGUAUUGCUAGCCAUGGACGGUAGUUCCCACUCUGAGUUUGCCUUUGAAUGGUACAUGAGCAACUUGAUGAGGCCCAAUGAUCAACUACUUAUAGUCUGUGCAAUGGAGCGUCACGAUGGCCUGACAAAUGCUCUUGGCAGUGCUGACGUGCAGUCUCUCUGUACUUUACUAGAAGAGGAAGCAGAUGAACAUAAAAGAUUAGUGGAAGUUUUAACAAAGAAAUUGGAAUCUACAGGGCUGAAAGGGAUGGUGAAAACACAGCUAGGCAAGGCCGGUGAAGUAGUGAUCAAACACGCGAACGAAGAGCAUGUUGAUCACAUUAUUUGUGGGUCCAGAGGACACGGCAAGAUGAGGAGAACACUGAUGGGUAGCCAUAGUGACUAUAUUUUACAUCACGCACAUGUACCCGUGACUGUGUGUCGUCAUCCCAAGCACUUACACCUAGAGACAGUUGCCGGCUCGCUGCACUCACUGGACAAAGUCGACGGAUGA